ACCGUCGCGACGACUCCGGCGCGUGCUUGAAUCGCUAUUGAUCGCACCACGAGUGCCGCGUACAAUCGGGGGUGAUUCCGAACGUACAAUAUUCGAUUCAGUUCACCCCCAAUAACGACCCCAAACAAACACAACGUCGCGCGACGCGAGCUGUCCUCUUCUUAUACGGUUCCGGUGGGACGAAAUGUCAAAAUCGUGACUUCGAAGGAGACCAGAGGACCAGGAUGUCCUCCAUGUCAGCCCAAGGGGUCGUGGAGAGAGCCUCCGCGGAGCUCUCCAAACGCAUCAAUGGCCUGGGCCUCAGGAGGGACAAACAUUCCACGAAGGGCAGCGUGAUGGAGCGAGUUACGAACGUCUUCUGCGGGGGCGGCAAUAAUGCAGCUGUGGCCGCUCCGGAAAAACCGUCCAGGCUGCUGCCGACGAUGCGGGGCUCUUCGAAGAUCCAGGGGAGCACGCAUCAGAACCACAUGGCGAUGGCCAGCAGACGGACACACAGGGUACAGCCGGUCUACCUAACGUGGGAUCAGUUGAUGAUGGACGAGAAGUUCCUAGGGAGGUUUUUCACCUAUUUUACCCCCUGUGAGAGAUGCGUACUAGCGCAGGUUUGCACCAGGUGGAGAGACAUCUUGUACAGAAGUCCCAGAAACUGGACAGGCUUGUUUCCGGUGUUACAGUGUAGGGAACUACGUUCUUCACAGAUGAAUGAAAGAGCACGUUUAUAUUCCUCGCUACUUAGGAGAGGUUUCCAUUGUAUUUGCCUCAUGGGUGCCUCCGAUGAAGAUGCCAUAGAUCUAGUAAAUUCAUUCCCACUUGCGUCCAAACAUAUUCACAAUUUAAGCUUGAGAUGCUCGAGUAUCACAGAUAGAGGAUUAGAGACUCUCAUGGAUCAUCUACAGGCCCUUUAUGAACUAGAGCUGGCAGGUUGCAAUGAAAUAACCGAAGCGGGUUUAUGGGCCUGUUUGAACCCCCGCAUUGUCUCCCUCACCUUGAGCGAUUGCAUAAACGUGGCCGAUGAAGCAGUGGCGGCCGUAGCUCAGCUUUUGCCAGGUUUAUAUGAGUUUUCCCUCCAGGCUUAUCACGUUACAGACGCGGCUUUGGGUUAUUUUUCGCCGAAACAAGGAUCGUCGCUGAAUGUAUUAAGGUUGCAUUCUUGUUGGGAGAUCACGAAUCAUGGAAUUGUAAAUAUUGUUCAUUCUCUGCCGAAUCUGACUAUUCUCAGUUUAUCUGGAUGCAGUAAAAUUACAGACGAUGGCGUUGAAUUGAUUGCGGAAAACCUUCAAAAAUUACGUUCUUUGGAUCUCUCUUGGUGUCCGAGGAUAACAGAUGCAGCCUUGGAAUAUAUAGCCUGUGAUUUGAAUCAACUUGAGGAACUCACCCUCGACAGGUGUGUACACAUUACGGAUAUUGGAAUAGGAUAUAUUUCUACAAUGUUGACUUUAUCAGCGUUGUACCUGCGUUGGUGCUCACAGAUAAGAGAUUUUGGUCUUCAACAUUUGUGUGGCAUGAGAAAUCUUCACAUAUUAUCCUUAGCAGGUUGUCCCCUGCUGACUUCUAGCGGCCUGUCCAGCCUGAUUCAACUCCGUCAUAUGCGUGAAUUAGAACUCACUAAUUGCCCUGGGGCCUCGAAGGAAUUAUUUGAGUACCUAAGGGAACAUUUGCCUCGCUGCCUGGUGAUAGAAUAAAGACGUACUUACCUAAUUUCUUGAAUUCAAUAAAGGCCGAUUCAGAUGGCUGGGGUGCUAAAGGAAUCCGAAUUUCUACUCGAAAAAUUCCCCUUCACCUGAAUUGGCUUUUCGUCAACAACUACUCUUGUUACGUUUGAUAUCCUAGUGCAAUAAUUCUAUUUUCUUUUGAUGUCAGACUGUGUUGAUUCUAAGCAGGUCAGAUUUAUUUUGGAGGUUUUUUGAGGUAAGUGAAGAGAACAGCUAUAUCUAACAAGAGAGGUGAAAUUCUCAAGAACUAUAUCGGAUCAUUUUGAUAGAAAAUGUUAUGAUUACUCAAGGAUUAUUUUUUUUCAAAUUCUGUUGAAUUAUUUAAUUAGUUGAUGAUUUCAGCAGAAUUGGACAAUUAUCACAUUAAAUUGUCACACAAUUCAAUUAUGUAGGAUUUCAAGAACAAAAAUUUUCCUGAAAAAUGCAUGCAUUGCAGUUUAUGGAAAUAAAUAUUAUUAUUCAAAGGAUAAUUACAAAAUGUUUUGAGAAAAGAAAAAAUUCUCAUCCCAAUACAACUGCUAACGGGGUGAAAAUUGUGGUUGUGAUGUGAAAUGGAAACAACAUGUUUUCUUGGCAUAUAUAGUAAAGCGUAAGACAAUAUAAAAAUUUAUCAUCAUGUCAAUUUAAGCAUUCGAUUCGAUUAUUUUUUCGAAUAAAAUUAUCAAUUAUAAGUGUGAAAUGAAAGCUCAGAUAUUGUAGUUGGGGAGCCCAAGAGUGAAAUUCGUGAUUUACUCUAGCGUUUCAGAUUAAUAUAAGGUUAGAUACCUUGAACCCUGUACAGUACAUCUACCAAAAAUUAGACCUAAAUAUAGGGAUGACAGUUUCAACAAGUCGAAACAAUAAAAAUUGGCCAUAAAGUGUCACAAAAAUCAGCUUUUUUAAAUUAUCUCCUCUCCUGGGCUUCAAAUUGUUUUCGCAUUCAUCAUAAAAGUUGUAGGGCAUAGCAUUUUCU